UGCAGUGGAACUGGGGCUAUUCCUUCUUCUUCAAGAAAUCGAUUGUUGAGUCUAGUGAAAUACACUGAAAUCUGUGUUGAAUAUACAGGAGAUUGAUUGAUCGUCGCUCAAUUCGAAAUUCCGAUGGAUUUCUAUCUCGAAGAUGGAAAGCAGUUAAGCUCAAAUUGCACGACUCUAAUUCUGCCGGCGUUGUCGAUUGGCAAUGUAGGGCAGCUAGCGGUGGAUCUUUUGAUAUCAUCUUUGAAAGCGGAGAGAGUUGGGUACUUGGACGAGCCGAAUGUGCUUCCUUGUGCAGGCAAUGACGCUUAUUCGCCAUCACCUCUCGGAAAACUUGCUCUUCCUCUCGAAGCUUAUGAAUCAUCUUCUUCUGCAUUGACACUUUUGCAGCAGCGAUCUCCUGUUAUUAAGGGUAUGGUGCUUGAAUAUGCUAAGAACAUUGCAAGCUUUGCUGCUAAAAAUGGAAUGAAUCAUGUAGUCAUUCUCUCCAGCUUGGAUUUUGGCCGGUGGAAGAACAUUGAUAUGUCAAGUGGUUUGCAGGUACAUUACUUAUCCAACGGUAAUCUGGAUGGAACUGACUCCAACUGUGAAAGCAAUGGGUGGAAAAGACUGCAAGAUUAUGAUCCCACACAACGAACUUGGAAGUAUCUCGAUUCUUUAGCUGAUGGAAAGUCUCUGCCUGAUGAAGAUUUCACUUUUGAGGAACUAGAAGAUGGAGAUUACUGCCCUAGUCUGCCUUUUGCUGCUCUCUUUUCCUGCUUUAAGGCUAAAGGUUUAAAAGUGACUUGCUUACUUUGUUACUGCUCGGAGGGAGACAAUAUACCGGAAGCUUUCGCUUUGGCUGAGGCCACGAGCAAACUGGUGGGACUGAACGAAAAUGAAUUGCAAGGCAGUGAUCCUUCUGGUAAAUGGACUGUGCCAUUCUCAUGGCAGAGUGUUUAUGGACCUCCAGCAGAUACAACUCUUUUCUAGUGUUCUAUGGUAUCGAGAUGAACAAGAUUUUUGUUUUGUUUUUUUUUUUUUUCUGAGUAAUUGCUUUAGUGACCAAUGGUAAUGAUCUAACACAUUCAAUAGCUUAGAAUUUUUAUAGCUUGUGCUUC